AUGGAUACUAUUCUCAAUCUGAAACAUCGAAUACGAGAGAAACUGGGAGCUCCUAUUAAAAAAAUGUCAUUGACCUAUGGUGGACGUAGAAUUUUAAAUAACAAUGAGACGAUCGCAGAGUGUAACAUACAUGAAGAAGCGAUAUUGCGUCUAUUAGUAUAUGCAUUGGGUGGCGGAACAUACUGUAGAGGUUGUAUUCUUCCUGAAUUAAUUCGUUUCUCGGCUAAUGUUUCAUUAAAAUGUACUGAAACAUUUUCAUUCGAUGAUGAACAACUUUUACAUUGUCUGAAAAAUGAACUCAAUCGAGUUGAUCAAAAUGCGAUAAAUAUAAUCAUGGAAUGUGUUGACACUUGUGGAACUACAUGGGAUGAAUUAGAAGUUGAUGAUGCAAAUUAUUUUCAAAAUUAUGCAGAAAAAAGACGUUCUGAAGCGACGAAUUAUUUUACAGGUACUAUUUGUCGAAUGAUUUCACGUUAUGUCAAACAAAAUCGAACAACACAAACAUUACAAAAUGAAAACUAUUCUGUUAACGACAAAAAUGUUGACACAUCGGUCUCGAUGGAACCUGUCACAAUUGAAUGGUUGACAUUUCUACAUGAAACACGAUGUCCAAUCUGUUUCUUCCGAUUUACUAUUGAUCAAUCAGUUAUUAAGACUUCAAAUAGAUUACCCAUGAUGGUGUGUUCAGUGAGUAACAAACAUAUUAUUUGUCUUAAUUGUUGUGCAAAUCUUCAUUCUUGUCCUUUAUGUAAUGGAAAACUUCUUCAAGAUAUAUCUCUAUCUCAAUCAACAAUUGAAUCAAUAAAUCAAGCACAAGACAACUUAGAGAAAUAUUGUUUUCCAUCUCAAUUNACUUUGAUUUUUCUUUAUGGAAGAUCAGAAUAUCGAUCAAAAUUUCGAUUUUAUGUUUCCAAAUUAUUUGAUCGAAUAGGUUAUCAUUCUUAA